UAGUACUCUAAAUUACUCGGAUUUUGUUGUCUUCAAAGAUUUGAAGAACCUCAACUUGUCAGAAAAUGGAAUAUCCGGUUGUGCAGGAACUGAAGCGCGGCUCCAAAAUCUGGAAGUCCUUGACUUGAGCCGCAACGAUUUGGAUAAUGCUGCCAUUCUAUCUUGUUUGGAUGGCCUUUCAUCUCUUAAGUCUCUGUAUUUAGGAAUUAAUAUCUUCAAUACAUCUUCAUUUCACGCUUUUGAAACUCUGUCAUCAAAGUUGCGUUAUCUGGAGCUCCUUGACAUAAGUGUCAACUCUUUGACAAAUGACAUCCUGCCAUCCCUUGGGGGAUUCACAUCUUUAAAGGAACUAUAUCUGUCUGAUAUGGAUUUGGUCUCAGAUCUUCAUAUUCAAGGUUUAUGUUUAUCAUUAAAGAAUCUUGAGAUCCUUGAUUUGUCCGCUAAUGAUAUUACUUCUGUUCCCAGUGGACUUUCAUCCCUCAAAUCUUUAUAUUUAUCAAAUUGUCAAUUGACUUCAAAAUCAAUUUUUAGUACGUCAAAUACAUUUCAUAUUAGAAAUUUUCAUUAUUUGUUUCGGUUGAAAAAUAUAUUUAACUGCUAUAGUUAUGUAUAUUUAGAUAUAUCAAGAUUUACUUCAUUGGAAAUUCUCGACUUAUCUUCUAACCAGUUGAAUGAGCGUAUCCCGUGGCAUCAAGAUUUUCAUCGUUUAAGUAACCUAGAACAUUUGAUAUUGGAUGACAAUAGAAACCUGGAAAAUGAGUUUUUAAAAAAUAUCGGGGAAUUGACAUCUUUAAAAGUUUUGUCUCUUCAAUAUUGUGAUAUAAAUGGCACCCUUCCUCCUACAGAUUGGUUUAAGCUAAAGAAGUUGGAGGAGUUAGAUCUAUCCAACAACAAAUUUGAGGGACCACUUCCCUCAUCUUUUGUUAACAUGACAUCUCUCCGAAAGUUGGAAAUUUCUUAUAAUCACUUCAUUGGAAAUUUUGAUUCUAACCUUGCAAGCCUUACAUCACUUGAAUAUUUUGGUUUCAUAGGGAACCAAUUUGAAGUUCCUGUGUCUUUCACUCCAUUUGCCAAUCUUUCAAAGAUCAAGUUCAUCUAUGGUGAAGGAAACAAAGUCGUAUUGGACUCGCAACAUAGUUUGCAAACAUGGAUUCCAAAAUUUAAGUUACAAGAGCUUAUUGUGUCUUCGACAACUGAGACUAAAUCUCUUCCUCUCCCAAAUUUUCUUCUUUACCAAAACAAUUUAACCAAUAUAGAUUUGAGUGGUUGGAAGUUGGAAGGAGACUUUCCUCAUUGGUUGUUGGAAAACAACACAAAAAUGGUUGAAGCUCUGUUUAGGAAUUGCUCUUUCACUGGUACUUUCCAGCUACCAAUGAGUCCCCUUCCUAACAUACAAACAAUUGACGUGUCUGACAAUACCAUAAAUGGUCAAAUUCCUAGCAACAAUUUCAAUUCAAUUUAUCCAAAUUUGCAACAUCUAAACUUGUCUGGGAACAACAUCCAAGGAUCAAUUCCUAGUGAGUUAAGCCAAUUGAGUUUAAUGUAUUCAUUGGAUCUUUCUGAGAACCAAUUGUCUGGAAAAAUACCUGAGAACAUAUUAGCAGAUGGUCACCCACUCCAAUUCUUGAAACUUUCAAACAACAUGCUUGAGGGACCUAUUUUGAAUAUCCCUAAUGGUUUGGAGACCUUGAUAUUGAGCCAUAAUAGAUUUACUGGUAGACUCCCAAGCAACAUUUUUAACUCAUCACUCGUUUCAUUGGAUGUAAGCAAUAAUCAUUUGGUGGGAAAGAUUCCAAGUCGUAUAAAAAACUCAUCAAGGCUGAAGGAACUUUAUAUGUCCAAUAACCAUUUUGAAGGAUCGAUUCCAAUAGAAUUGGCAGAACAUGAAGAUCUAACUUAUUUAGAUCUUUCCCAAAAUAAUUUGACUGGUCAUGUUCCAUCAUUUGCAAAUUCUCCCGUGAAAUUUAUGCAUUUGAACAACAACCAUUUAAGUGGAUUGUCGAAAAGAAUGUUCAAUGAAAACUCUUCUCUAGUGAUGCUAGACCUUAGCUACAAUGAAAUAUCUAACAACAUUCAAGAUAUGAUACAGGACCUUAGUUAUACAAGGUUGAAUUUUCUCCUUUUGAAAGGUAAUCACUUUAUUGGGGAUAUACCAAAGCAGUUAUGCCGAUUGACAGAUUUAAGCAUACUAGACCUUUCUCAUAACAAUUUUUCUGGUGUAAUACCCAAUUGCUUGGGUAAAAUGCCUUUUGAGGUUGAGGACUUUGACUUAUUGUUGGGAUAUUUUUCUGGUUGGUUAGGUAAUAGACAUUAUUGGUCCUAUAGUACAAAUGGGACCCUACAUUUACCAAAUGUUCAAGAGAAAACCAAUUUCACUUCAAAGAAAAGAACAGAUACUUACAUGGGGAGCAUCCUUGUUUAUAUGUCAGGAAUUGACUUAUCCCACAACAAACUGAAGGGAAAUAUCCCAUCUGAGCUUGGAAACUUGACAAAAAUUCGUACAUUGAACUUAUCCCACAAUGAUUUAACUGGGCAAAUUCCAGCUACGUUCUCCCAUUUGGUACAAACAGAGAGUUUGGAUCUUUCUUUUAACAUGUUGAACGGUCAAGUUCCUCCUCAACUGACCAUGUUAACCUCACUUGAAGUAUUUAGUGUGGCACACAAUAACUUAUCAGGUCCAACACCUGAAUUUAAAGAACAAUUUUCCACAUUUGAUGAAAGCAGCUAUGAGGGUAACCCAUUCCUUUGUGGACUUCCACUGCCAAAGAGUUGCAACCCUCCACCUACUGUUAUCCCAAAUGACUCUAACACUGAUGGACACUAUGAUACUUUGGUGGACAUGUAUUUUUUUUGUGUGAGCUUUGUCGUGUCAUACACAUCAGCAUUGUUGGUAACUGCAGCAGCUUUAUACAUCAAUCCUUACUGGAGACAUGCAUGGUUUUACUACAUGGAAUUGGCAAGCAUGAAUUGCUACUACUUUAUCGUGGAUAAUUGUAGCAAGGUUUUUAAAAUUUGAAAUGUGUAAUAUAUUAAGUUGUAUAUCUAGAAUGAGUUGCAUGUUUGUUUGCUCUAAGUUUGAUACAAUAUAAUAAAGGUCACAUAUAUGCCGUAUGAAAGUAAUAUGAAUUGUAGGGCAUUGAACAUGUUCAUCAAUGUUUUUAUAUCACACUAGAAAGGCCUUCUUUAGCAAUUAGUAGAGUUUUUCCUCUUGUUCAUUGACUUGAAAUCCUUUCACGUAAUCUACAGAAAUCUGCUUAUUUGGGA